AUGAUCGGCUCACUCUUGCCAAGCAUCGUGGCGGCUGUGCUGCGGCCGCCGACGCUCAGCCGUUCGCGAUUGCUCGUUGCGCAGCAGCAGGGCUACACGCAAGGCCAGCCCGCCGGCUGGACGACCAGCUUUGAUUUCGACGGUACGCCGUAUUUCUGCAGCGACCAGACGGGCGAGUGCCAGUGGGAGCCGCCUCAGUGGGCGCAGCAAGGCCAGAGCGCGCAGGUGACCUGGAGUGUGCGAGGCGUCGCCGGUGUCAGCGGCUUCACGCACCCGGACGGCUUCACCCACCUCGACCGUUACCGCGACCUGCCAUACUUUGUGCAGAGCGGCGAGGAGCUCGUGCUGAGCCGGUGGAACAUGGAGGUCCAGAAGCUGCACGUGUCUCGAGAGCAGUGCACGGUGAGCGUGCUCGGCGACGGCACCGCCAGCCAGAGGCACGACCUCGAGGACGGCGACAUGGUGAGCCUGGACGCGCAGGACCCCGACGCGGCUGUCCUCAUGUGCGUGGCUGAGGGCGCGUCGCAGCCGGGCUCCGCGCUGCCUGCCGGCUGGUUCGCGGACGUCGACCCAGCGAGCGGAGACACGUACUUCUUUAACGAGCAGACGGGCGAGACGCAGUGGGAAUUCCCGCGGUGGUGA